AUGGAGAGGUUUCUGUUUCUUGGUCUUCUCAUUACAGCUGCUUUUAGCCACAAGGUCUUUGUUGGAGAUCAGGUUCUCCGUAUCAAGACAAACAGUGAGGAGCAACUCGUCUUACUAAGGGAGCUGGAGGAACAGGAUGACCUGCAGAUUGAUUUCUGGAGAGGCCCAUCGAAGCCCAACCUUCCAGUGGAUCUGAGAGUCCCCUUCCAGAGCCUCCAAGCUGUCAAGGUCCUUCUGGAGUCGAAGGGCAUUCCUUACACCAUCAUGAUUGAAGACCUCCAGGAUCUACUGGACAGGGAAAAGGAGACCAUGUUGCUUUCCAGGAAGUCUGAAAGAAGUACUGGGAAAUUCAGCUUCUCUUCCUACCAUACCAUAGAGGAGAUCUACAGCUGGAUGGAUGAUUUUGUAGCUGAAAAUCCAGAUCUGGUGAGCAAAAUCCAAAUUGGAAAGAGCUAUGAAGGACGGCCCAUCUAUGUUCUGAAGUUCAGCACAGGAGGGGAGAACCGUCCGGCUAUCUGGAUUGACACUGGAAUCCAUUCUCGAGAAUGGAUCACCCAGGCCACAGGACUAUGGACAGCCGACAAGAUUGCCAAUUCAUUUGGGAAAGACUCUUCACUGACAGCCAUACUAAACUCUAUGGACAUCUUCCUGGAGAUUGUCACGAACCCCGAUGGGUUUGCUUACACUCACACCACAAACCGCAUGUGGCGUAAGACGCGGUCCAUCAAUGCUGGAUCUUCCUGCAUUGGAGUAGACCCCAACCGCAACUGGGAUGCAGGUUUUGGAGGUCCUGGAUCGAGCAGCAAUCCCUGUGCAGAAACCUACCACGGGGCCUUCCCUCAUUCAGAGAGUGAAGUGAAAUCCAUUGUGGACUUUAUCCUAAACCAUGGGAAUGUGAAAUCCGUGCUUUCCAUCCACAGUUAUUCCCAGAUGCUCAUGUUCCCCUAUGGCUACAAGAAAGAACCAGCCCCUGAUCAUGAUGAACUGAAUCAACUCGCCCAAGAGGCUGUGACCACCUUAGAAGAAGUAUAUGGCACGAAAUACACAUUCGGAAGUACGAUUGACACCAUCUACCAAGCUGAUGGAACCACCAUUGACUGGACCUAUGAAAACGGGGCCAAAUAUUCAUACACUUUUGAACUCCGUGACACAGGGCGCUACGGCUUUGUUUUGCCCGCAGAUCAGAUCAUCCCAACUGCAGAAGAAACCUGGGUGGCGCUCAUGAAGAUACUGGAACAUGUCCAUAGCCACCCUUAUUAA